UGCUGACACCGUCUCGCCUCUGAUGACUGUACAGAGAGGGGAUCACUUCAUCCCCCCAUUACACCUCUGCAACAUUCAGAUUGAAGGUGAAACGUCACAGGGGAAAACAUAUCCCGUCUUGAAACAGCAGUCUGAUAACAGAGUAGGCUACUCGAGACGUCCGCUGUGUCCCAGACGAGGAAUUUGAGUUUCACCAAACUUUUCACUGCGGGACAAACUAAAGCGACUCUGCAGCGUUUGAAGGAGGAAAGAACGAAACUCACUUUGUCACAUGAAAGGACGGGGAGAGGACCUGACCCGAGUAUCGAGCGGACCCCACAUCCUGACCUCAGACUUGAGUAGUCGGUGGGUAUGGCUGUGCGGUCAAGGACGGGUUACUACCGUCAGGAGGUAAACAGAACCGCGUGGGAGGUUCCGGAGAGGUACCGGGAGCUGAAACAGGUCGGGACAGGAGCCUAUGGGACUGUGUGUUCAGCAUGGGACCGCAGAUCAGGCACACAAGUGGCCAUCAAGAAACUACACCGGCCGUUCCAGUCCAAACUUUUUGCCAAAAGGGCUUACAGAGAGCUGCGACUCCUCAAACACAUGAAGCAUGAAAAUGUAAUUGGGCUGCUAGAUGUUUUCACAGCCGAAAUCUCGUUAGACCGCUUACGUGAUUUUUACCUGGUGAUGCCAUUCAUGGGCACUGACCUCGGCAAGCUGAUGAAGCUGGAGAGACUGACGGAAGACAGGGUUCAGUUCCUCGUGUACCAGAUGCUCAGAGGACUCAAGUACAUCCACUCCGCCGGGAUCAUCCACAGGGACCUUAAACCAGGAAAUUUAGCCAUUAACCCCGACUGUGAGCUGAAGAUUCUCGACUUUGGCCUGGCGAGGCAGGCUGACGCGGAGAUGACCGGCUAUGUCGUGACACGCUGGUACAGGGCGCCCGAGGUUAUUCUCAACUGGAUGCAUUAUACACAAACAGUGGACAUCUGGUCGGCUGGUUGUAUCAUGGCGGAGAUGCUACUUGGAAAGCCGCUGUUUAAAGGAAAUGAUCACCUCGACCAGCUCAGAGAAAUCAUGAAGAUCACAGGAACCCCAACCCCUGACUUUGUUGUCAAGCUACAGAGUCAAGAUGCCAAAAAUUACAUCAGGGGUCUUACAAAAGUUCCAAAAAAAGACUUGCACUCGAUGUUCUCCAAAGCUAGCCCAAAGGCUGUGUGUGUCUUGGAGAAGAUGCUGCUUCUGGACCCUGAGCAGAGGGUGAGCGCCUCAGAGGCACUCGAGCUGCCUUUCUUCAGUGAGUUCAGAGACGCUGAGGAGGAGACUGAGGCGCUGCCGUAUGAUCAGACCAUGGACAACACAGACCUCCCGCUGGACCAGUGGAAACGUCACACUUUCACAGAGAUACUGACCUUCAGGCCCACCAGGGACUCCAGAGAGACGUCACUUUAACCGCUACACACUCACACGUACACACCAGAGCCAAAAACACAUCCUCUGUUAUUGACUAUUCUCGCUUUGUAUAUGUGUAGAAAUAAUAGAAAUUGUUAGUUUGUUUAAGAUUUAGUUUUCAAUAAAUGUGAUUUUCUCAAAUAAGAGCA